AUGAAAGAGUUAGGUUUAGCAGACUUGAAACCAGCACCGGCAAAGCUGGAUGAUGAUGGGGCCCAGGUUAAGGAUCCCACGGAAGAGGCAGUGAAAGGACAAGCUUUGGCCGAUUUCCUAUCUGAGCAUCCAAAUCUACCUUUGGAAGAGGAUACCUUCGAGUUCUCUUUCCAGCUCGAUGAGAGUAGAGUUCUGACAAAUAAUCAAGCAGAAUACGAGGCCUUAAUCAUAGGCUUGGAAAUAGCAAAGGAUUUGAAUAUACGAUAUUUGAAAGUCUCUGGAGAUUUACAGUUGAUCAUUCGACAAGUUACAAGGCAUUAUAAGUGCAAUCACCCUUUAUUGAGUCUGCAGCUUGCAAAAGUUCAACGUCUUGCUCAAAACUUUGAUGAGAUACGUUUUCAGCAUAUUUUGAGACUUCAAAAUAGUGAAGCCAAUCAACUGGUCCAAGCAGCCUCAGGAGUUGAAAUUCCUGAAGGGGACACGGAGAAAAUAAUCAGAGUUCAAAAAAGGUUUUUACCCUUCUCAAUGGAGAGGGAGAAGGAUCGAUUGGAUGUAUUGGUAAUCGAUAUUUCUGAUGAUUGGAUGGUUCCAAUAAAAAAUUAUCUUCUAAAUCCUAAUGAGAAAGCAGAAAGGAUUGUCAAAUGCAGGUCCGUUAAUUAUGUUCUGCUAGGGCAGGAUUUGUAUAGAAGAACUUCUGAUGGCUUACUAUUGUUGUAUGUCAGCAAAGACCAAUCGAUGAGAAUCAUGGGAGAGGUCCAUGAAGGAACCUGUGGUGCCCAUCAAGCUGGUGAUAAAAUGAGAUGGUUAAUUAGGAGACACGGAUAUUAUUGGCCCACCAUUCGGGCAGAUUGCAUUCAGUAUGCUAAAGGUUGCCAACAAUGUCAAAAGCAUGGACCUAUCCAAAGGAUACCUGCUCAUCAAUUGCAAUCGAUUAUCAAACCUUGGCCAUUCAGAGGUUGGGCGAUUGAUAUGAUAGGAGAAAUUCACCCAGCAUCUUCAUUACAGCACCAAUUUGUUGUAGUAACAACUGAUUAUUUCACAAAAUGGACAGAGGCAAUACCUUUAAAAGGUGUUUCACAGAAACAAGUGAUUGAUUUUAUUGAGGAGUAUCUUUUAUGUAGGUUUGGGAUUCCUGAAACCAUUACUGUUGAUCAGUCAUCUAUAUUCAAUGGUAGAGAAGUUGUCCAGUAUGCACAAAAGUAUGGAAUACAGAUCUUGAAUUCCACUCCGUAUUAUGCCCAAGCUAAUGGGCAAGUCGAAUCGACUAACAAAAUUAUAAAGAACACAAUGGCAAAGGUAAUCGAUGAUAACCCAUGA